GCAUGGAAACAAAGCAGCAGGCUCACUGCCAUCACUCCAUUCGCUCACUUUUUCCUCUUGAUCUGCAUCACUCUGUUUUUCUAUCAUGGCACUCAACGGCACAUGGAAGAACGACCGUAAUGAAAACUAUGACAAGUUUAUGGAACAGAUGGGCAUUAACAUGGUAAAGAGAAAGCUGGCAGAACAUGACAACCUGAAGCUCAUCAUCGAGCAGAAUGGAGACAAGUUCACCAUUAAGGAGUCCAGCAAUUUCAGGACCAAAGAUGUUGAGUUCACACUGGGGGUGCAGUUCGAGUACACGAUGGCCGACGGCACAGAUCUCACUGGAACAUGGGUGAUGGAGGGAGAGACUCUAAAAGGCACCUUCAACAGGAAGGACAAUGGCAAAAUUCUGACCACCACCCGCUCAGUGGUUGGAGGGGAACUCGUACAGUGCUACAACUACGAGGGUGUCGACGCUAAGAGGAUUUUUAAGAAGGCAUAAAGGAGGUGUGGAAAAGGCCUGUCCAGUGUUUGAGCAGAUUUUAUAUGAAACGGUCAUUGUUGUCAUUGCCUGUUAUGUUCUCAAAAUAAAUGUAAGGAUUUUUACAACUGUA